UCUAUACAAGCACGUGACACUACCGCUUAUCCGGGACCAGACAGCCAUGGCGACUACAGAAGCUGGUGGACUCAAAUCAGAACAAAGAGACAUAGAAGAAAUCUGCCAGAAGCUGCAGAGGGAUGUCAACUGUCUGACAGACGAGAACAGAAACACAAGACGACGAGCUCUAGAGAAAAUAAAAAGAGAGACGCUGCCAAAUCCGUCACUUUCUUCAACAGUGAUAAGUAGCCUUGCAGAGAUCAUGCUCAAGCCUCUCCUGAAAAUGGUCUCAGACCCAGUUGAGAAGUGUAGAAAUCUCGCCAUUGAGAUAAUCACAGGUCACUGUGAAUUAGUGGACAAGGUCGACUGUUUUCUGCCUUAUAUUCUUCCUGUUGCUGUGAGUCGAGUGGGUGGGGCAGAGAUGGUGGAGCCAUCGGAGGAGGUUCGACUGCAGCUGGUGCAGUUCUUGUCACGUGUUGUGGAGCGUUGUGAUGCAGCCAGUCUACCUCCGUAUCUGUCCGACUUUGUGACGAUCCUGCAGAGGAUGAUUACGGAUCCUUACCCAGAAAUUAAGAAAGUAAGUUGUCAGUUGUGUAUGAUGUUAGCACCGAAAAUACCAGAUCAUUUUCACAUGAAGUCGGAAAGUCUGAUGUCGCCACUCGUGACCACUCUGACACACCAACAUUAUCGAGUGAGAGUGACUUGUCUGAAGGCGAUCGGUGUUGUUGUACAGUACAGCAAUGCUCAGUGUAUUGAUACUAUCCUUUCACAUUUGGCUCAGCGAACGUUUGAUCGUUCGGCGCCUGUUCGAUCGACUCUUGUUGAAAUACUUGGUGGAUGGCUGUUGGAUCAUAGAGACAGGUACUCUUACCAUCACAAGCUACUGCCGUUGUUGUUGAGUGGAAUUACCGAUGAGAUUCCCGAUAUCAGGAAACAGACGAGGGACAUCAUGGAACAGGUUGGCUGUAAGUAUGCAGACGAGAAUAAGGACGACUUGAAAGACAAAUUAGACUGGGACACAUCCGAGUAUGAAAACCGACAGAUUGGAGAAUUCCCACGGCCAAGUAUUGGGUCUCGUGUUAUCGUGUGUCGUUGCUGGUAUAAGGUACUUCCGGCUGUUAUGAAAGACAUGGCAGACUGGACAACAUCGACGAGACUCAAAGCAGUGUCAUUACUAGAGAUUCUAUUAAUUUAUGGCGAAGAGAAUGCUACGCACCACCUCGAGAUGCUUCUCCAUGGUCUAUACAAGUCAUGUCUAGAUGACGACCAGCAUGUCGUUCAGAAGAGUGAGAGGUGUGCCUGGCUUCUUGGAUAUUUUAUCAAACCCGAUGUUUGGUGUCACUUGGUUCUUCCUGCUGUUCUGACAUCGAGCGGAGCGAGCAGCAAAGUGACAGCCAAUGUGGUUGUUUCAUCCAGCACUUGCACCGGAUGUCUAAUAACGUUAGGCGCGUUGCUAGAAGGGAGCAAUUUGGAGGCACUGAAGGAACAUUUAGUGUCGAUUGCUGACGUGCUGGUUAGUCCGGAGAUUCGUUUCUCAGCUCAUGUACCACUUCAGGUGCAGUUGUUGGCCGUGACGACUUCUCUUAUACACGUGGCCAAAGGUUUAUGUGCCGAAAUUAGUUAUCCCAUGUUUCAAGUGCUAGUGAGUGUUACAGCAUUGAGUACGGACGACACUCAAACAAAGGCUUGGAAUGCCCUUGAAGUAUUCUCAAAACAGUUAGGCAUGAACGGGUUGAAUGACAUGUUUGUUUCACAUUCAAAACAAUUGCUUGCUGAACUCAAGACUGGUCAUCAUUGCUGGGUGAUGAAUUCUCCUGAAAGACGCUUGUUUGACUUGCUAGUAAUAAAUGCUGGAUCCGCUGUUUGUUCGCUAUUGGAUGACGUUAUGGAGAUCUUUACCAGCACUCUGGAAGUGGAGAGAGAUGCAGAAAUGAGGCUGAGCUUUUUCUCCUUAUUGUCUCAGUUGCUGAUCAAUUUUGGAAAGACUGAGGAAACGAAUUUGAUAUUUCAACCUCAUGCACUUGCCAUUAUUCGAAGUAUGAUACUACCCAACUGUGUAUGGUCAGGUGGCAGAACAGCUGCAGCAAUUAGAACAGCAGCUAUGUCAUGCUUAUGGGCUCUACUGCAGAACAAAUGGGCUAAUGGCAGUCUUCUGGAAGAGAUCAAGCUGGAGAUGAUGACACAGGUAACAUCUUGUCUGGAUGAUUCUAAUCAGUCUACUCGAUUAGUCUCCUGCAAAGUUUUAAGACUAAUUUUCAUGCUCUUGGAAAGUCGACUAGAUGUUGAUGCCUUACACCAAAUGUAUCCUGACUUACUGAAACGGAUGGAUGAUAACAGUGACAGUAUAAGAAUGGCAACUAUAAAAACACUUUCAUCCUACUUUAGCUGUUUUCCUAAAGAAUAUGACCGUGGGUUGUACAGAGCACACAUGGAGGCAAUCUACAGAGGUAUGCUCAUCCAUCUUGAUGAUCCAUCUGAAGAAAUUCAGGAUGCAAUGCUGGGUGUGUUGAAGGAGGCAGCAGUCAUCAAUCCCACUCUACUGAAAGAGCAACUCGACAACGUCAGACACAAACAUCGAGUUUCAGAGUACUGCGACAAGUUGUCAGACUGCCUACAACAGCUGCUCUAGGUUGUAUAUUUAGUUGGAAAUGUUGACGUAAAUUUUUAGUGCGCGUGUAAGUGAAAGGAAAACGAAGGUGAUAGAA